GACAGAUGGACGGAUGGAUAGAGACAGACAGAUGGACGGAUGGAUAGAGACAAACAAACAGAUAGAUAGAUAGACUGACAGAGAGAGAGAAACAGACAGACAGAUAGACGGAUGGAUGGAUUGGCGGUUGGACAGAUAGAUAAACAGAGACGGACAGACAGAGAGAGAUAGAAAGAGACAAACAGACAGAUGGAUGGAUAGAUAAAAAGACAGAGAGGAAUGGACAGACAGAGAGAGAAAGACAGAUAGACAUGAAAGCAUGUAAUUAAAAUUGUAUGUCAAAUAAUAGAUAGAUAGACAGACAGAUAGAUAGAUAUGAAAGCAUGUGAUUAAAAUUGUAUGUCAAAUAAUAGAUAGAUAGACAGACAGACAGACAGAUAGAUAGAUAGAUAGACAGACAGAUAGAUAUGAAAGCAUGUGAUUAAACUGUUAUGUCAGAUGAAUGUUUUGUGCGGCUGCUAAUCUGAUAUCUUCAGAGCACGAUCACACACAGAGCGCUUCACAUCUAAAGACACGGAGGAUAUGAAACCCUCUUCAUCAUCAUCAUCAUCUUUAAAUCUGAGCGUACUGUGAGGUGAAGCUCCAGUCUUCAUCCAGGAUGAGUGUGUGUGUGUGUGUGUGUGUGUGUGUGUGUGUGUGUUUCAGCGUCUGGAUGACAGAUCUGAGAUCAGUAAACAGACGUCUGCAGCUUUCUGCACCCCGCUGUAAUUUCAGACUCCAACACAAAACAAAAAUCCAUCUCUGCCGACUUCCUGAGACUCAUCCUGCCUUUGAAAUGUUCGUGCCAGAGUGUAAACACACACACACAAACACACACCGAGGGGCGGGACACAGGCUCUCUACAGCGCUGAGAGCUCACCUGUAACAUCACUCAGGUGUGUGUGUGUGUGUGUGUGUGUGUGCAGAUCCACAGACAGAAGCGGCUCCUCUUCCUCUCAGGUAAGACAUGUCCAGCUGCUUUAAAACUAGUUUAUGCUGAUCAGGUUUAAACUUUAACAAUAACAAAUCACUUCAGCCGUCUUUUAAGAAUUAAUCUGUGUGAAACAUUUAACAGAUGUUCGUGCAAAACAAGAAGUUUUACUUCUGUAUCUAAAUAUCUAAACUACUUUAAUAGUGCAUUAAACUUUGAUUUAAAUUAAGCAAAUAUAAUAAUAGAAAAUAACAAAACUAUAUAUAAAAUAUGUAAAAAUAGUUUAUUUUUCGUAUUAUAUGGAUAAAUGUGUGUGUGCACUGCAAAACUAAACAUUUAUAUUAUACAUUAAAAACAUAUGUAUACAUGUAUAGAUAUGUUUUUGUGCUUGUAUUCAAUUUAUGUAUAUAUAAAAGUCUAAAUCUCAAUUUAACAUUUAACUGCCUAUAUUUUUUACAAUAAUUUUAAAAUAAUUAAGUUGUUACCUUUAAAUAUUAAUACUUGCAUUAUUUAAAAUUGAUUAAUGUCUGAAUAAUAAAGAAUAUUAUGUUUUAACCAGUGCUUUACAUUCAGAAUUACUGAGUAUCUUAGUUUUAAUGUUUUCUGCCAAAGCUGCACCAGUUAAUUUGAUAAUGAUCCUCAUGCAUUUACACAAGAAGAGCACCAGGGUUGUUUUUCUGUGUCGUCUUCAUCAUGUUUUCAUUCAGAAUUUCUCCACUGCUUCCAUUUGUUUCUCUUUAAUGUCCAAUUUGAACCAUUUCACAGUUGAGGGGAUUUCACCAAGAGACAGAGAAGACAUUAUUUAAUGCCUUAAGAUCCACUACGGACAAGCACAGAGAUGUCUUUAAACUGAAAACACAUUGAGGGAUUAGAUCAGUCGUUUAUAUCUCUAUUUCUAUAAUAGACCUGCUUCCUUCUCUCAGUAGUAGAGCACAUUCUGCUGUCCUCCUGUAACUCUUGUGUUGUACACAGUGUGGUGAAUUAGAGACGGAUUACUGACACACUGAUGUAUCAAACCUCUUUUAACUUCAGAUAUCUGUAAAUAAAUUCAAUGCAUUAUUAUUUGGAUAACAUGUUGAUUAUAAGUUAAAUGUAACAGGCAUUCGCAUCCACAAACUAUGUUUUGGGUCUUUUCCUCAGUCUUUCAUGUCAAAUCCGUGUUAAUUGCAAGGAGCGUCCGUUCCAGGUUUAUCGCACGUAUUUGAACCUCAGACUCAAGGGUUAUUAUGUUAAUCUAGAGUGUGUUUGAUGUGUUUUAGUCUAAACUCCUGUCCGUCUCUCUCGAAAUCCUUCACAGGGCUUUCAAAGAGCGUUUUCUGAGCGUCUGGGAUUUACACGAGGAAGAGGAGGAUGCUUCGUCACCUCAGGAAACACACGUUAAUCCGCCAGUUUUAGAGACACUUCCUUGUCUACGAACGAACAAACAGAACCUCGUCUAAACAUGGACACGUCCCUCCAGGAAUCUCCUUGUCAUUUGUCCAGGAGCAGCAGGUGUUGUGCGCUCUCUGGUGGUUACGGAGGGAAUUACACGCAUGUGGAUCGCCCGUUGCCUCUGUUGUUAUACCCGAGCCGCGUUGAUCAGCGAGUCUACGAUAGAUCCUUCUGUAGCAGUGCAUCGCUGCUCUCGUACCUACCGUCGUUACACGGGAGCUUCGGCAUCUACGAAUGUCCGUUCGAGCCCGCCUUCAUCCAGAAACGCAACGAGCGGGAACGCCAGCGCGUGAGGUGUGUGAACCAGGGAUACGCCAAACUACGCGAGCACCUGCCCAACGGGAGCACGGACAAACGGCUGAGCAAAGUGGAGACGCUGCGCGCGGCCAUACGCUACAUCAGGUACCUGCAGGAUCUGGUGGAGAACGCGGGCACGGCGGAGGAGAACCGAGAAGUGUCACCGUUUUCCAUAUCCGAAUCGUCUUCUGAGGAGUCUGUUGGGAGAUAA